CAAUGAGUGAUGCCCGGUACAAGCUUCUUGGUGGUGGACAGUACCCAUCCGAGUGUGAUGAGGAUGCCCCAGUCCCUCCUGCUCUUCAAGUUCCAUUCUGUCGUUGUGAACCGGGCAAUCAGCUGGCAGAGGUGAAGCAAUCGAGGCAUCCCAAGACGGCCGGUAGAGCAUUCUACAUAUGCAAGUGGAAUGAUUCAUUGAAUCCUUGCCAUUGCCUUUUCUUUCAGUGGAUCGAUGGUCCGGAUAAGUUCGAUCCUAGAAUUCGGCUGUUCCCUUAUUAUCGGUCAGAGUCGUGGGCGUACAAUGAGUUUAGACGAUGGGUCCCUCCCCCACCAAAUCCACCACCUAUGACAGAGGAAGAGAAGCAAGAAGCUGCUAUAUAUCGUGUGAACAAUCCUCCCAAAUGUCAUUGCGGUGUUCGUGCCAAACUUCAAAGGCCUAAUAUUGGUGUCCCUCCAAAGUUCACUCCCUUUUUUAGAUGCUCGCUAAAGACUAGAGAUGGAUGGCCGGCAUGUGACUUCAAUGAGUAUAUUUAUGGUCCUAGAUCUCACUGGCCGAUAGAAGAGGAAGUGCGAGAAUUUGAGAGUGGGAAGAAGCCAUGGCCAUGUACAACUACUCCUAGUCUUCGAUGCAAGCGUGGUAUUCUGGCCACAAAAGGCGUAGUUCCUUCUGAGCUUGGCUACAGAUAUUACUGUGGCAAUAGCUACGAAGAGUAUUGGGUUCAUAUAUUAACCACAAAGUUGAAACUCCUUAUGAUUCUGUCAUUGUGCUAGUAUUUGGUAUAUUAACAUUUAUGAAUGUUUGGCUGUCAAUAAUUUUUCAGGAGGGAAGGACAUGUGAUUGGGAGUGGUUCGAAGGCCGGUAUGAGCUAAUGUUGCAAUUGGGUAGAACAAAAGAGCCUUGGAAAUCUCGAGACACUUUAAAUAGAAAACUGAAGAUAAGGAAGGAUUACCAAGUUACUUUGUCCCUUGAGUCAUUUCUGUUAGGGCCUGUACUAGAAGACCUAUGGCGUGAGUAUGGAAAGAAGGUAGCAGAAAAGGCAACUCUUGAGGAUUGCAUUGUUUAUUGGAGGAGGAACCGAAGCAAGUACCCACGGCCCCUCACAGAUAGGGAACUUUUGGCAAAGUAUGAGAAGGAGAAGGAGGAGGAGAUGGAGAGGCAGAGGUUAAGGGAGGAAAGAGCAAAGAAAGGUUUUACUAUUGAUCCGGAAGCUAAAUACCGAAAGGGUUCUUGGGAAGAAUAUUUUCAGAAAUUGGAGGCUAACAAGAGGAUGGAAGAAAUGGAAAAGAUAGAGGAUUUAGCUCAGGAGGCUCAGAUGGAGGCAAUGCAGGCCCUAGUUGCCGAUCUGCCACACAAGGUGCCCAACGUUGAGAACGAUGUGUCAUCCGCGAGCAUGGAGGUUUUGGGUGUUAGAGCUACUCAAAUGGAGGCAAUGAAGGCACUUGCAGGAGGGUUACCUGCCCGGGCUCACCCGUCUGACAGGAAAUGAAAAGCAGUGGACACACCUGUAGUCGAUAACCAAGGGAAUAGUGCAGUGCAGGACAAAGGGAAGAGUGCUUCUGAGCAUGACCACGUUCCUGAUGAUGGAGAUGAUGAUGAGUGGUGGUCAAUGAAUGCAGAUGAAGUAGAAGUCAUAGUGUCCCAAAUUGAGGUAAGACAGGGGAAAGCUGUAGUCCAAGAUGAUGGAGAUGAUGAUGAUGAUGGUUGGGGAGAGCUUUUGAUUGAAGGCGACUCUGAUUAGCUUGUUUUAUUUAUAAUUGUGUGGACUCUAUAUAUGACUGGACUAUGUGUGUGACAGACUUUUUUUAUU